AUAAUAACGAUAAAUUUAAUUAAAAUUAAAACAUAUUAAUAACAAUGGAGUUCGUAUUCAGUUCUUUGACAUAUUUGUUGCUAUUCGUGUUGACCGCGGUUCUGCUGUUUCUGAUCCGGGACGAAGUAAAGACCAAACGCGUGAACGAGGAUACGGGCGAGGGACUACUUGAACCACCAGCGCCAAAAUCGUGGCCAAUCAUUGGGCAUUUGUAUCUGAUGGCUCGUUACAAAGUACCAUACCGGGUGUUUAGAGAGAUUAUGGCCGAUCUGGGUGCCGUAUUCCGCAUGGAGCUAGGAUCGGUACCGUGCGUGGUCGUCAACGGACUUCAAAAUAUCCGAGAAGUGUUAAUGAUCAAAGGCGACCACUUCGAUAGCCGACCUUCUUUUCGUCGUUUCAAUCAGCUUUUUAAAGGCGACAAAAAUAACUCUUUGGCGUUUUGUGACUGGUCUCAACUACAGAAAUCUCGUCGCGAGCUGCUGAGAGCCCAUACGUUCCCCCAUGCCGCGUCAUCCAUGUACAACCGGUUGGACCAAUGCGUUAAGACCGAACUCGCCGAGCUGACAGACACCGUUGACGCUAUGUCCGACACGGGAUGCGUAGACCUGAAAAACAUAUUGCUUCACUCGUGCGCCAACAUGUUUAUGUCGUACUUUUGCUCCGCUCGCUUCUCCAAAUCGUACGACCGGUUCCGAAAUUUCGUCCGAAACUUCGACGAAGUCUUUUAUGACGUGAACACCGGAUCCGCCUGCGACUUCCUGCCCUGGUUGACGCCGUUGUACCGUAGACAUUUCAAUAAGUUACGAACGUGGAGCUCUUCCAUUCGACAAUUUAUGGUAACCGAAAUUUUCGAACGGAGGCGCUCGGCGUGGACGGUCGACAGCAAGCCGACAGACUUUGUGGACAGCAUUUUGGAAGCUUGUGCUCAACCGGAGAGGGAUGACGGGUUCAACGCCGACAUCGGUUUAUUCGCACUGGAAGACAUCAUUGGCGGUCACUCAGCCGUCACUAACUUCAUCGUUAAAGCGUUAGGGUUUUUGGUAGAACGGCCAGACGUGCAGCAACGCGUACAAGAAGAAGCGGAUGCCGCCGUCCGGGUGUCCGGGAACAUAGGGCUCGCCGACCGUUGUCAAAUGCCCUACACCGAAGCGGUCGUUUACGAAACAAUCCGGUUAAUAGCUUCGCCAAUUGUACCUCACAUGGCUAAUAGAGACACGUCCGUUGCGGGCAUGAGAAUCCCAAAGGGCACCACGGUGUUCGUCAACAACUACGACUUAAACAUGAGUCCGGAACUCUGGGAAAACCCGGAACAUUACGACCCGGAAAGGUUUAUAAACGAAGAAGGUAGACUGGAAAAGCCCGAUCAUUUUAUACCGUUCAGCGGCGGCAAACGAUCGUGCAUGGGAUACAAGCUGGUACAACUCAUAUCGUACUGCACUAUUGCCACUCUGCUUCACAAGUAUUUUUUACUACCCGUGGAAGACGUUUCAUACUCUGUACCAAAGGGUAAUUUGGCCUUACCUUACUCUACUUACCCGUUUAAACUCCGAAAAAGAACUGCCGAAUUCAAAAAAUAAAUUAAUAAUGGACAGCUAUAGUCAGCAGUCAGUCGUUGUUAAACAUGGAUGUAUUGCAAUGGAAAAUAAGUAAAUCUAUACAGUAAUUGUAUGUCUGUGUGUGUGUGUGUUGUGUGUUGUGUUUUGGGUGUUGUGUGCUGUUAAUAUUGUUAGAGAAGAUAUGGAUAUUAUGUACUAUUAGGCGGAUUUAACUUUAAAAGUUAUUUUAUGAUCUUGCAGUUUUGUUGUGAUUCUAUAACUCGUCAUCAGUAAAUUAGUUAAUCAUUUAAUUGGGGUUGUUACCAAGAGAAGAUCAAUUAACAAAGCUAAUC